GGCGGCUACUUGGUAACCUGGGCCUGGCCCAGGAGGCUUGGGCGCGCGCAGCCAGCCCCGGCUCGCCAGGCACCGAGGGACGCAGGCAGGGGCGGCCGCGGUGGCACGGGCGGCUGGGAGAGGGGCCUCCGCCCGCUCACCAUGGUGGAGAAACGCUUCUCCAAGUUCCUGCAGAAACUCGCCUUCUCGGGCGCGGGCCACCGGUACGAGCCGCUGGAGAGGGGCGAGUUGGACACCUUGAUUGGUGAACCAUGUGAGUCAAAAGCCAUUGAAAAAGAGAAGACGGUGGUAGCUUUGCCACCCAAGGAGGCGAGCAAAUGCCACAGAGAGGAUUUGGCCAAAGCAUUUUACGUGGACUUACAGAACGGGCUGUCGGAGUUCUCGGUGACGCAGCGCAGGCUGGUCCACGGCUGGAACGAGUUUGUCGCUGACAACAGCGAACCCGCAUGGAAGAAAUAUCUCGAUCAGUUUAAGAACCCGCUGAUCAUGCUGCUACUGGCCUCCGCCCUGGUGAGCAUCCUCACGAAGGAGUACGAGGACGCCAUCAGCAUCGCCUUGGCCGUGCUGAUCGUGGUGACCGUGGCCUUCAUCCAGGAGUACAGGUCGGAGAAGUCUCUGGAAGAGCUGACCAAGCUGGUUCCCCCCGAAUGUCACUGCAUCCGAGAAGGGAGGCUCCAGCACCUGCUCGCCAGAGACCUGGUUCCCGGAGACAUCGUGUCUCUCUCCGUCGGAGACCGCAUCCCCGCAGACAUCCGGCUCACGGAGGUCACCGACCUCCUGGUGGACGAGUCCAGUUUCACGGGAGAAGCUGAGCCGAGCAGUAAGACAGACAGCCCGCUGACAGAUGGAGGGGACCUCAGCACCCUGAGCAACAUCGUCUUCAUGGGGACCCUGGUGCAGUGCGGGAAGGGGCAGGGAGUCGUGAUCGGGACAGGGGAGAAGUCUCAGUUCGGAGAGGUGUUUAAGAUGAUGCAGGCUGAAGAGACGCCUAAAACUCCUCUACAGAAAAGCAUGGACAAGCUGGGGAAGCAACUGACGCUCUUCUCGUUCGGCAUAAUUGGCUUAAUCAUGCUCACCGGGUGGCUGCAAGGGAAGCAGCUGCUCACCAUGUUCACCAUCGGGGUCAGCCUGGCUGUGGCCACCAUCCCAGAGGGUCUGCCCAUUGUUGUCAUGGUUACGCUGGUCCUGGGAGUGCUGCGGAUGGCCAAGAAGCGGGUCAUUGUGAAGAAGUUACCCAUCGUGGAGACACUGGGUUGCUGCAAUGUCAUCUGUUCUGAUAAGACAGGGACUCUGACUGCCAAUGAAAUGACUGUCACCCAGCUUGUAACGUCUGAUGGGCUCCACGCUGAGGUCAGCGGAGUUGGGUACAACGGCAAAGGGACCGUCUGUCUUUUACCGUCAAAGAAAGUCAUUAAGGGGUUUUGCAAUGUCUCGGUCGGGAAAUUGGUGGAGGCAGGCUGUGUCGCCAACAACGCAAUCAUCAGAGGAAACACCGUGAUGGGACAGCCCACGGAGGGCGCCUUGGUCGCCCUGGCAAUGAAGAUGGACUUAAGCGACAUUAAAGAUUCAUACGUGAGAAAAAAAGAGAUCCCCUUCAGUUCGGAGCAGAAGUGGAUGGCAGUGGAGUGCAGACCCAAGAACGAGGAGCAGGAAGACAUUUAUUUCAUGAAGGGGGCCUUUGAAGAAGUGAUCCGUUACUGUACCAUGUACAACAACGGGGGCAUCCCCCUGCCACUGACGCCCCAACAGAGAUCCUUCUGCCAGCAGGAGGAGAAGAGGAUGGGCUCGCUCGGCCUGCGGGUGCUGGCCCUGGCUUCUGGGCCCGAGCUGGGAGCACUGACAUUUCUGGGUCUCGUCGGAAUCAUCGACCCACCGAGAGAUGGCGUGAAGGAAGCGGUACAGGUGCUCUCUGAGUCGGGCGUGUCUGUGAAAAUGAUCACGGGAGAUGCUCUGGAGACGGCCUUGGCGAUAGGAAGGAACAUCGGCCUGUGCAACGGGCAGCUGAAAGCCGUGUCCGGGGAGGAGGUGGACAGCAUGGAGCAGGACGAGCUGGCUGACCGCGUGCGGAAGGUGUCCGUCUUCUUCAGGACCAGCCCGAAGCAUAAACUCAAGAUCAUAAAGGCCUUGCAGAAGUCGGGGGCCAUCGUGGCCAUGACGGGGGACGGGGUGAAUGACGCGGUCGCCCUGAAGUCGGCGGACAUCGGGAUCUCCAUGGGGCAGACGGGCACGGACGUUAGCAAAGAGGCCGCCAACAUGAUCCUGGUGGACGAUGACUUCUCAGCCAUCAUGAAUGCAGUGGAGGAAGGCAAGGGGAUUUUCCAUAACAUCAAAAACUUUGUCCGAUUUCAGCUGAGCACGAGCAUCUCGGCCUUGAGCCUCAUCGCUCUGUCCACUGUGUGCAACCUGCCCAACCCUCUCAAUGCCAUGCAGAUCCUAUGGAUCAACAUCAUCAUGGACGGGCCACCCGCGCAGAGCUUGGGGGUCGAGCCGGUUGACAAGGACGCCCUCCGGCAGCCGCCGCGGAGCCCCCAGGACACGAUCCUCAGCAGAGCUCUCAUCUCGCGAAUCCUCCUGUCGGCUGCCGCCAUCAUCAGCGGGACCCUCUUCAUCUUCUGGAAAGAGCCGCUCUGCCCCAAGAGGAGCAGCUUUGCUUUUUUCCGAAUUCUCCUUGCCGGGCCGGUGGCGGAGGCCCCGCUUUAGUCCAGCCCGUGUGCUCAGCCUGCUGGAGGGAGAGGCGCAGGCCUGCCCGUCCUAGCCCCGCGGUCCUCGGCGUGGGGCCCCGCAGCAUCCGCGUCCCCGGAGCCUGGGAGAAACGCAGAGCUCCUGAGCCGUCUCUCUCCACACACGUCCCGGGGGAGCCUGCUGCGAACUGCGCUCCAGCAGCUGAGCUCAGGCAGGAGUGGUGGCUGCUGCCUGGGCCAGAGCGAGGUCCCUCACUGCUCACAUCAGGCAUGGGAAGCUGGGGAGAACUGCCCAGAACCUUGUCAUCGUGAGUCGUUCUCACCUUCGGUUCCAGCUCUGCCCCCGAGAUGCAGCCAAAACGAGACCUGACUCGGGUCCUGCAGGGGCGCCAAAGCCAGGGCGGGGGUCCGCGGCCUCCCCCGCUCAGCCUCAAAGGCCCUAGUCCAUUCUCUUUUUUCCUUCUACAUCCUCACCAACACUUGUUAUUGUUCUUUUUUUUUUAAUUGAGGUCAUAUUGGUUUAUAACAUUGUGUAAUCAGGUGUCCGUUAUUAUAUGUCUCUGUGUAGACUGCGUCGUGCUCACCCCCAAUGGUCUAGGCUUUAUCCAUCACCAUACAUGUGGGCCCCUUUACCCCUUGCACCCACCCUCUUACCCGCUUCCCCUCUGGUAACCACUAAUCCAUUCUGUUUAUCUAUGUGUUUAUCUUCCACAUAGGAGUGAAAUCAU